AGAGUUUAAAGAUUCUGAUUACGACUGCAUAUUUAAAUUUAAUGUUUGUUUCUUUUGUAGCUGUUUGUUUCACAUUCAUGAAAUAUGCAGAUCUACAUUUUAUUUCUCCUCUUAGGAUUUGCGUGGGGUGGACGCAGGCGAAACUUACUGCAAAAUCCAGAUUUGUUCCAAGGAGACAUUGCGGGUAUUGAAGACAUAAACGAUAGAAAUGCUGUUAUUCUGAAAUCUAGGUUGUGGAGAGGUGGUGUUGUUACUUACAAAAUUGAUCCAAGCCUUGAUAAUAUCAAAGGUGAAAUUUUAAGAGCCAUGAGGCACAUUUCUGAUCAAACAUGUCUUACCUUCAGGGAAAGGAGCUUUGAAAAGGAUUAUAUUAGGAUAUUUUCGGGAGAAGGGUGUUAUUCUUAUUGGGGUCGAUUUGGUGGAGUGCAACCCUUAUCCUUGGAAGCAGGUUGUGAACCAUUUGGAACUAUUAUUCAUGAGCUAUGUCACGCCAUAGGGUUCGCUCAUGAACAAUCUAGAUCUGAUAGGGAUGACUAUUUGAUCAUUUACUGGGAAAAUAUAAUGAAAGGAGCGGAAGAUCAAUUUCGCAAGCUGAUGCCACAUCGUGAAAGAAAAAUCAAUGGAUUUGAUUACAAUUCCAUUAUGAUCUAUGGAGAGGAAGCAUUUUCAUACGACGAUAUCCAAAAAACAAUGGUAGCCAAGAAAAAAGGAGUUCGCCUCACUGAUCCGUUCGAAAAAAAGGGGCUCAACCCUAGUGAUGUAUAUAGAAUCAAUACCUUGUAUGAUUGUAAUAAAUGAUCAAUAAUUGUAGUAUUUAUGUGUCCCAUAUGAUUGCAACAAAUAAAAGUACGUAAAAAGCGUGCAGAUGAUCUGCAAAUAAAGCUAUUACAACAAUCA